ACUUGCAAUCUUCUCACCACCCACAAGCAUCUUCAUCUACACAAUUCUCAAACGUUUCAAAUGAAGAUGUCUAGUGUUCUCACCAUCUUCUCUAGCUUACUCUUCUCUUUAGGAUCUGCUCUGUAUUAUGAUCAUUGGCCUUUUUUAGCUAACUUCGUGUUAGUUUGUUCUCUGUUCUCUUCUUUUGUUUCCCUUAUUUCGGGGCUUUGGUUGAUCCCGGGAGGUUUUGCAUGGAGAGGGUUUCAGGGCGGGAAAAAUAUUUCCGGCCCUAUGGGUUGGCCAGUGUUGGGUAUUUUGCCUCAGAUGGGCCCUCUUGCUCAUCAAAAACUGGCUGCCAUGGCUUUAGCGUUUCGCGCUAAAGGCCUCAUGGCGUAUAGCCUUGGCUCGACCCGGGUGAUCAUCAGUAGUCGCCCGGAGACAGCCAAGGAAAUUUUGUCAGGGAGUUCUUUCUCUGACCGUCCUGUAAAGGAGUCCGCUCGGUUAUUAAUGUUCGAGCGUGCCAUUGGCUUCUCCCCCUCUGGGGAUUACUGGCGUAACCUCCGUAGGCUCGCUGCAAACCACAUGUUCUCUCCGCGGAGGAUUGCGGGUUUGGAGGGCCUCCGACAAAGCAUCGCUUCCGAAAUGAUUGACGGAGUUUCGGAAACGAUGAAUUUAAAAAAUGUCGUGGAGGUGAAGGGGAUUCUGCAGAAGGGCGCGCUGAGAAAUAUGAUCGAAAGUGUAUUUGGAAGUUGGUUAAAUUCCGAAGCAGAAGAAUUAGGGUUUUUGGUCAAAGAAGGAUACGAACUCAUCGCGGAAUUUAAUUGGUCCGAUUAUUUCCCGCUAGGGUUUCUGGAUUUUUACGGAGUGAAGAGGAGGUGUCAUGCACUAGGGAUUAAGGUAAGUUCACUUGUGGGCGAGAUCAUAAAGAAGAGAAGAAGUGAUGGAGAGUUUAUCGGCAGAAAUGACUUCCUCAGCGUUUUGCUUUCUUUGCCGAAAGAAGAUCAGCUUAGUGAUGCAGAUUUGGUGGCCGUCCUAUGGGAAAUGAUAUUUAGAGGAACGGAUACGGUGGCCAUAGUUCUUGAAUGGACCUUGGCUAGGAUGGUUAUGUACCCCGAUAUUCAAGAAAAGGCCCGUCAAGAAAUUAACACGUGCACCAAGAGUGACCGGCACGUGCGGGACGGUGACAUGGCCAACCUUCCUUACCUUCAGUCUAUAGUCAAAGAAGUCUUAAGAUUACACCCACCGGGCCCACUACUCUCGUGGGCCCGUCUGGCAAUCCAUGAUGUCCACGUUGGCAAGUUUUUUGUCCCAGCUGGAACCACGGCAAUGGUGAACAUGUGGGCCAUAACGCAUGACCCGACAAUAUGGAAAGACCCGUGGGCUUUCAAGCCAGAACGUUACAUUGAGGAGGAGGUUUCUAUAAUGGGAUCAGACUUGAGACUUGCACCAUUCGGGUCGGGUCGUAGGAUCUGCCCGGGUAGGGUACUAGGGUUAUCAACAGUUCAUUUGUGGCUUGCUAGGCUGCUUCAAGAAUUUAAAUGGCUUCCUGCGCAACCGGUUGAUCUUUCGGAAUGUUUGAAGCUCUCACUCGAACUAAAGAAACCUCUGAGUUGUUAUGCAAUUAGUUGUCGUGACAACCAAGCUAGUUUUAGCUCUCCGUGAAACUACGUAUGACUAAAUAAGCUUGUGAAAUCAACAUCUAGCUUCUAAAUAUUCCAGAGCAAGUUAUACAAAUAAUGUGUGAACUAUGAAAUUUAAAAUGUUUAAUAAUUUUACGUACUUCACAUUAUGUAUGAAUGUAAGUGCUGGUUGAUAGCUAGCUCGUUUGGAUUGGAAGUGUCAACUUUGUAAAAAGCAAUUUAAGUUCUUAAUUCCGAUUUGCAAAUAUUCUGUCGUAA